AUUGACGUCGAAGAAGAAAAAGAACACAAGAUCGGAUUACAAGAUGGCGGUCUGUGGACGUUAGCAAGAAGGCCGUUAGAGUUGUUGUGUUCUCUGUGAAUUUUACUGUUUGAUAUUAGGCCUUCUGUUGAGUUGUUUCACAUCGUGAACGUAAUAUGUUUAUGAAAUAGCUACUGAUAAAUUUAACUGCUAUUGAGAACUGUAUUUAGACGUGCAUGUUUUAUAACAUGCGGGUGGAAACAAAGUUAACAGGUCGAGGGUAGGAAAACACCAGACGGGUGAGGUGAUAGCUUGUUAGCAGCCAGCUAGCCUGCUAGCUCCGUCUCGGUUAACCAUGUCGGACACUCGGCGGCGAGUGAAAGUAUAUACGCUGAAUGAAGACAGGCAGUGGGACGAUCGGGGUACCGGACACGUUUCGUCUACCUUUGUUGAACGGCUGAAGGGAAUAUCAUUAUUAGUUCGGGCCGAAUCAGACGGAUCACUUCUAUUGGAGUCGAAGAUAAGCCCGAAUACUGCAUAUCAGAAACAACAGGACACACUGAUUGUCUGGUCGGAAGCAGAUAAUUAUGACCUUGCCCUAAGCUUCCAGGAAAAGGCUGGCUGUGAUGAGAUCUGGGAGAAGAUUUGCCAGGUUCAAGGGAAGGACCCUGCCCUGGACAUCACCCAGGACCCCAUUGAUGAGUCUGAGGAGGAGCGCUUUGAGGAGAUUCCAGAGACAAGCCACCUGGUGGAGCUCCCUCCUUGCGAGCUAAGUCGACUGGAGGAGAUCGCUGACCUGGUUACCUCUGUCCUGUCUUCGCCCAUCCGGAGGGAAAAACUGGCCCUGGCCCUGAUGAGUGAGGGCUAUAUCAAGAAACUCCUGGGUCUCUUCAGAGUAUGUGAGGACCUGGACAACAGGGAAGGCCUACAUCACCUCUAUGAGAUUGUCCGGGGUGUCUUGUUCCUCAAUAAAGCGGCCCUCUUUGAAGUGAUGUUCUCUGACGACUGUAUCAUGGAUGUGGUGGGCUGCCUAGAGUAUGAUCCAGCGCUGGUUCAGCCUAAACGGCACCGGGAAUUCUUGACCAAGACAGCUAAAUUUAAGGAGGUGAUCCCUAUCACGGACUCUGAGCUGCGGCAGAAGAUCCACCAGACCUACCGGGUGCAGUACAUCCAGGACAUCAUCCUGCCCACACCAUCUGUCUUUGAGGAGAACUUCCUGUCCACACUCACCUCCUUCAUCUUCUUCAACAAGGUGGAGAUUGUCAGUAUGUUGCAGGAGGAUGAGAAGUUCCUAACAGAGGUAUUUGCACAGCUCACAGAUGAAGCGACAGAUGACAGUAAACGGAGAGAACUUGUGAACUUUGUCAAGGAAUUCUGUGCUUUUUCACAAACGUUGCAGCCACAAAACAGGGAUGCUUUCUUCAAAACUCUGGCAAAUCUAGGCAUUUUACCUGCUCUUGAAAUAGUCAUGGGAAUGGAUGACCUGCAGGUGAGGGCAGCAGCUACAGACAUCUUCUCUUACCUGGUGGAAUUCAGCCCCUCCAUGGUCAGGGAGUUUGUCAUGCAGGAACCACAGCAGACAGACGACGAUGUUCUGCUGAUAAAUGUUGUGAUCAAGCAGAUGAUUUGUGACUCUGACCCAGAGUUAGGAGGGGCUGUCCAGCUGAUGGGUCUGCUCAGAACACUCAUCGACCCCGAGAACAUGCUGGCUUCCACCAAUAAAACUGAGAAGACAGAAUUUUUGAGUUUCUUCUACAAGUACUGCAUGCAUGUCCUGACUGCUCCUCUGCUGGCCAACACUGCACAUGACAAAAACUCAAAAGAUCUGCAGGAGGGAUCAACUAAGAUCAACCCGGUCUGUCCAGACAACUUCCAGACUGCUCAGCUGCUGGCACUGAUCCUGGAGCUUCUGACCUUCUGUGUGGAGCACCACACCUAUCACAUCAAGACCUACAUUAUGAACAAAGACCUGCUCAGGAGAGUGCUGGUGCUCAUGAACUCAAAACAUACCUUCCUUGCUCUUUGUGCCCUGCGUUUCAUGCGCAGAAUCAUUGGUCUGAAGGAUGAGUACUACAACCGCUACAUCAUCAAAGGGAACCUGUUUGAGCCUGUCAUUAAUGCCCUGCUGGACAACGGCACCCGAUACAACCUCCUCAACUCAGCCAUCAUAGAGCUCUUUGAGUUCAUUAAAGUGGAGGACAUCAAGUCUCUCAUAGCUCACAUUGUGGAUAACUUCUACAAAGCACUUGAAUCCAUUGAGUACGUCCAGACUUUCAAGGGCCUGAAAGGCCGGUACGAGCAGGAAAAAGAUAGGCAGAGUCAGAGACUCAACAGAUAUCGCAGAGAUGCACGGUCGUUGGACGAGGAUGAGGAGUUAUGGUUCAAUGACGACGACGAUGAUGACGAUGGAGAGGCUGUGGAGAAGAGCCGAAUGGAGGAUGACUUCUCUGACAGCUAUGGCAAGUACAUGGAAGCCAAAAAAGUCUCUGUUACUGCAGGAGCUGCCAACGGAUCUAAUGGUGCCAACAACAAUGGGAAAGCUGCUGUAAUCCCACCUGCCUCGCCAGCCGUCACUCCAAACAACAGUUCAACUUCCUCUGUCAAAACAGUUGCUCUUCCUGCCACACCAGUCGUUAAGACUGCUCUGGUCGGUUUGGUGGACUACCCUGACGAUGAGGAUGAAGAGGAAGAAGAUGAGGAGGAAGAGCAGUCUCCAAGGAAGCGGCCCCGUCUGAGCUCUUAAGGCUAAUUGUCCUCUGUUUGGUCAUCGUGGACGGACACUGAGUCCCUCCCAUCCUCCCUCCUCUGGUCGUCUCAUUGGUCCUUGGCCUGCCUGUGCCACCUGUCAGUCUGACUGAGGAGACGGGCAAAGACGAGCUCCCACCCCACUCAGUCCCUCCUGAUCUCUGCUCCUCUUUUCUCCCUCAGUGGAAGGAGAUGGAGAGCUUCUCUUUUGGAAAGUGAUAGAUCAGUCUGUUCCUUCAGCCCGUUGAUUUUACCUCUUCCUUUUACCAACUAUCUCCUUUCUUUCUCCUGAGGAGAAACUCAUUGACCCUUUGCAAACUCAUCCCUCCUCUCUCUCAUAACACUCUCCUGCUCUCCCAGCUCUGACCUCCUUCUGAACAACUUUAUCCUUCUCAUCCACCAUCCUACGUACCGACCAGAGGCUGCGGUGGAAGUAACAGUGCCAAGGCAGUUCCCAACUCUGCUCUGUUGCUAUAGCAACAGCAGCAAGGAAGCUGCGGUACUACUGCAACCCCACAGGAACCCUCACAUGUCCUCAUUUGAACUCUCCCUUCCAUCCUUCUCGAACCCGAACCAGUGAGCUCCAGAGACAGAGGAAACCAGAACACACCCAGCCAGUGUAUGAACUGUUCAGCAGGCCAGUCAGGCUAGCAGGACUAGCCGUCAUAGUUAUAGAAAGCUUGACUGGCUGAAGUAGUGUGUGCUGCCCUGCCACAGAACUGUUCACUUUUGUCGGGGAUAGAGGGAUCUAGGCAACAUAGAAGAAUUAAACAAAAUGUUGAGAGACAAGGGAGUUGACAAAUGACAAAAUGUACCAGGAUGAAAACUCAGCAGUAAUGAGGCUUGGAUCCAGAGGAGCAGGACUCAAACCUUCAAAAGCCAUGGUGUCAGUUUGGCCAAGGCACACACAAAACACACACAACGUCUCACACACAGGACUGCGUUAGCCAGAAAUCCUGUAUUUCAUGACUUUGUUAAAGUACUGUACAGAUGUUUUUCUUCUUUUUAAUCAUUUGCCCCUGAUCUGAUUUUCAAAGGGGAGAGAGAUACCUACCUACCUGUGUAUUUUUGUUGUUGUUGCACAAAAGGUGGGGUCACUGUUCACCCUUUCAGUCCAGUUCAUUUGAUUCAAUGUAAAAUGCAGAGAAGUUGCAAAUGCUGGUUUUAAAAAUAACGUAUUAAAACUGCAGUAAAGUCAUUUUUGCAGCCAACAUUUUGAGGAUGUCUGGAGUUUUGUAUUUUAUUGGAUUUAAGAAUUUAGUGGCCUCAAUACAAUGCGCACGUAUCCCAGUUUUUGUUUUGACUGGGUGACAAACCUGAGCUGUUGGUGUGCUUAGACUAGAUUUAGUGCACACUCUUGUUUCAGGAGGUUCAACUCUUGGCACCCUUCUCUCAGACAGAUCUCAGGUUCAGAGUUCAAUUUGCAUCACAAACAAAAAGCUACCCACCUUGUCUGUGCACUGUAACACGGCUAGCUGGUGAAACAUCUCACAUUUAUUACUGAAUAAGAGAAAGAUUCCAGUGAGUUAUAAGGGGCUUGAGGUGCUAGGGGAUGUUAUCCCAGUUUGACGGUCCAGAAUGUUGAUCCAGGUCACAAGUAUUCAGCUUUGUUCCACAGUCUACGUCUAAUGUCAAGUUUUCUUUGGCCAGUCCAGAAAAACAACUCUGCAGAUCAAAAAUAUGUUGACAGAAAACAUUUUUUUACAGUUGAAUUCAAACGCCACAAUUGGAAUGUUUUUAUUAGUUAUGAUAAAGAUGAUUUAACCCCAGAGUUGAUGCAGUGCGGUUUUGGUGGAGUAUUUCUGACACAACACACAGGUCUGACUAUGUCAGAAGGCAAUGAAACAUUUCUCGUGUUGUCUUCUCUCCUGGUCUCACCACAAGCACACUGAGAGGCAGAUGAUGGGAAUCAAAAUUUGCUAAAAUGCUAGAUCACACAUGAUUUUGUCAGCAACUUCUGAGUUAAACCCACAAGCAGCAGGGUAGGAGCACAAGUAAAAUUAUUAUUGCCAAUGUGCUUUUCAGGAGUUCAGCAGUACAUGAGCAGCGAAUUGUCUUUCCUCCUGUGUUAGCAUCACCCAAAAAUGACAUGAAAUGUUUUUGCUCUCCCUUGAUGAAUUUGUACCAAGUGCAUUUACUACCACUAUCCAUUCUUAACAUUUGUAUGAAUUUAUUUGAUAAGUUUUGAAAUUAAAUGUGACCCUGACAUUGAA